CCCACAGCUCCUCCCCAGUCAUGUUUUACGAUACAUGCUUCCGCGCCUUUGCAGUUUCCUUCUUCGUCUGCCAAUGGGUGAUGACUGCAGACAACUUCUCACGGCCUUACGGCAACUACGAUGAUCACGAAGGCAGUUUUCGUCUUGGCCCUUGCUUUGGGAGGGAGUGCCCAGUUGACGGGAUUGGGUGCUGAUGACCAUUUCUAUUUUCCUAAAUAUCCCGAGGGAAUUUCUCAGCACCAAGUAUCCGAGAUCUUCCAGAUAGCCCUUCCACAAGCACAGACUCCAGCACGAGCAUACCAACCACAAACAUACCAAGAGCAGGAAUACCACCCUCAAGUACUCCAACCUCCGGUAUACCAUUACCAAGACCUCGACUAUGACUACGAUUCGUAUGCAAACUCAGGUGGCUUCGGGGCUCAUCACAAAUCGCCGCUUUCUUACAACGGCAUCCGGGUGGCUACCCCCGCCCCCUUCGUGCCCAUCGAUAACCAGUACCAGGUCGCUGACGACUACGGGCAAUACGCCUUCGGGUUCAGUGGUGGCGACAGCGCCAGAACGGAGACUCGCGAUGCCUACGGAAAUGUCCGAGGGUCCUACAACUACAUCGACACCGACGGGAAGCUGCAGACGCAGCACUACGUGGCUGAUAAAAAUGGCUUUCGCGUGGUCGCCAGUAAUAUCCCUGAAGGCCCACAGGCUCUGACGGCACAAGACGCCCCUGCGGCUGCCCUGCCCCCCAGCCCCGUGAAGGAUACCCCAGAGGUAGCUGCUGCGAAGGCGGCCUUUGCUAAGGCCUAUAAUGAGGCAGCCCUGGCUGCUGCCGAAGCUCCAGAUACGAAAUGAUUAGAUGAUUGGACUACAGUAAGUAGUCUAAUUAGCUAAGAUUAUCGUUAACUGGUUGAUGCAUAUUUCGCUUUUCAUGAUCAUUAUCUUCAUCAUUCGUAUCAUUGCCGUGAAUUAAUAUAAUUGUGGAAGUUGCUUCAUGCCAAGUAUUACUGUUAAGUCUGCAGUUUGACUGCUAUUUUUCAUACAAUCUAUACAUAACCAUGCAGUUCCCACUGCAUCAACGUAUAUUACACAUGUUUAUACACGUUCAGUAUGUACCGUGUGUGUGUGUGUGUGUGUGUUUGAACAAAAAAAAAUUAUAUUGUGGUUUAGAAACGCUGUCUUUGUAAACGUUUUGUUACUUGCCUAAUAAAAGGGUCAGAAGAUUUUGGUA